AUGCUUCUGGUCAUGGUCUUCAGAGGUUUACUGGUGAUGGGUUUAAUCAUGUCACUGGACGGACGUAAGAAAGGCCAGAAGACCAAACCGAAGGCCGCCAAAGGCUCCGGACCAGUCAAGGUCUUUGGACAGAGAGGAAUGACUGUAGGGUUGUUUCUGGAUCCUAACCUGAAGACCGCUGUCCCUGUCCUUCAUAUAGCCUCCAGGUCUCUCUCUCCAUGGACAUACAGCGAAACGUACGAUGAGACCCGGGUCCCUCAACAUCUCUCCCAGGCUCAGUGCCAGAGGUCUGGCUGUCUAACCCCAGACGGAGAAGAGGACAUGGGGUUGGAGUCCAAACCCAUAAUCCAUCAGACCUUGGUGCUCCGCAGGGUUCAGGGAGAGAAAGGCAGCAGUGGAGGGAGGAAGAAGAAGGGGAAGAAGAAGGGAUAUUUCUACAAACUGGACAGUGAGAUUGUAAAUGUGGGCUGUACCUGUGUGAGACCCAGCAUUUUCCCUCAGAAGCAGUGAUGAUAAGAGAACGCCUAAUUCAGGAAAUAAAUUCAAAAUUCUUUAAAUAUAAAAAAGGUUUCCAUGGAAAAUGGAUUUCUGAUUAUUUUGUAUAUUUCCUGAAUUGAUUGAAAUGGACCUUAACUUUAGUGAAGGCUUCCAUCUGUGGAGUGUAGCUUGGCUGUAACGUAGACGUCUUCGAAGUGAAUAAUGGACGUUGAUGUGUUUUUGUCUUUGGCUUUGAUGUUGACCCGUGGAAAUGGACCAAGUGAUUGUAUCACUGACCUCUUGACAUAGAGUCGACCUGGAAACAUCUGAGGUCAA